CCCUAAUGUGUUUCCACAUCCUUGCACCUUGUCCACUUUGUCUCCCCAUCCCCCUCUCUUACUUUCCUCCUUCGGCCGGGCGUUUUGCCAUCGUUGCCGCCCUAAAGGCCUUAGAGGUACAGUACAUCCCCUCAAAUUCUUCUUCUUCCUCUCAUACUUCGAAUCUCAUCUUUUUGGGGGCUGCGGAAUCCUUCAAGAUCUUUCUGCACAGACUAUCGUUGUUUCAUUAUGUCAUCUGCUCCAGCUUGAUUUACAAUCUCUACUUAAUAUUCAAUACAGCUUCGACAGCACAGAACUAUCGUCAUGGGCAAGCGGUGGUACAAGACCGACCGCGCUCAAGACUUUGACCAUGAGCAGGAUCGUCAAGUCCGUAUGCGCCAGGUCUAUGAGACUAUCGAUCGACAGGCUUUUCAAUGGAUCGUCGUCUUCGUCGCCGGGGUGGGCUUCUUUCUCGAUGGGUACACUCUCUUUGCAAGCAAUAUGGCUUUCCCCAUGAUUUCCUAUGUCUACUGGCGAGACCAAUUAUCCUCCAUGCAUGUCACCUGCGUCAACAUCGCUACCCUCGCCGGCACACUCUUCGGACAGGUUUUAUUCGGGUACUUGGCGGACCGGUACGGCCGCAAGAAGAUGUACGGGUUGGAGCUGAUUCUGAUGCUCACGUCCACCCUGGGUGUCGUGAUGGCCUCGCAGGGCGAGAAUGGCAGCAUGAGUGUUUACGCCUGGUUGAUUUGGUGGCGAAUCAUUGUUGGUAUUGGGGUAGGAGCCGAUUACCCUUUGAGCGCCGUGAUCACGUCUGAAUUUGCUCCGACAAAACACCGCGCACGAAUGAUGGCUUCUGUAUUUUUCAUGCAGCCUCUGGGACAGAUCGCUGGUAACAUAGUUGCCAUCAUUGUCAUCACUGCCUGCCGAAAUCAGGGCACUGAUGACCUGACUCGCACGGUCGACACCAUGUGGCGGUGGGUCAUUGGCAUUGGAGUCAUCCCGGGCGUCAUCGCGACCUUGUUUCGUUUCGUGAUUCCGGAGUCUCCUCGCUUCGUCCUUGAGAUCGAUGACGAUCCUGUUCAGGCUGAGUUCGAUGCCACUACUCUGUUCGACGACUUCCACGCCAGCUCUCCGUCUACCUUGACCGGUUCCUCGCAUCCUGCUGGAGACUCUGCAAGCUGGCACAACUUCGCUCUCCCUGGCAUAUCACUCACGACCAUCACAGCUGGGAAGAACGACGAAGAAGAUGAGGACCAUGAAACCCAGCGUUCCCACUCUCAGGCCGAGAUCCUGCAACCGGCCACUCUGAAUUCUCAUUGGCACCUGACUCGCCGGGACAUCCGCCGAUACUUCUGGGUGGAAGGGAAUUGGCGUACGCUGGCGGCCACCAGUCUUGCCUGGUUCUUCUUGGACUUCAGUUUCUACGGUAUCAGUCUCUCCAGCCCUCAAUUUCUGGCUAAAACAUGGGGCUCCCUCCACCUUUCCUCUUCCGCUCCUUUCUGGAAGACCGACGACCGAGCUGGUGCCAGCGUCUACAACAUGCUCCUCGCCAGCUCCACCCACGCACUCGUAAUCCUCAACAGCGGCAGCUUCCUCGGCGGGAUCCUCCUCAUCCUCUUGAUCCACAAGCUCGACCGGACCGCCCUACAAAAAUACAUGUUCCUCGCCCUGGCGGCCCUCUUCAUCGCCCUGGGCACCAUGUACAUCACGGUGCACCAAGAAGGCGCCCCCGCCAUAACCCUCUACAUCAUCGGCCAAACCUUCUUUAACUUCGGCCCCAACGCAACAACCUACAUCAUCCCCGCCGAGAUCUUCCCGACGCGCUACCGCGCCACCUGUCACGGCAUCAGCGCCGGCGCCGGCAAGCUAGGCUCGAUUCUCGUCCAAGUCUUCUCAGCCUACUACAAUUUCGGCACCGGCCAAGGCGAGCAACCGACCAUCCGCCACGGCUGGAUCCUAAUCAUCUUCAGUGUAUGCAUGAUCCUCGGCGCCGUCGUCACCCACUUCUGGAUUCCGCCGGUGCAGCGCGCCGAGCGCGGCACCUCCUCCUCCUCCUCCUCCUCUUCUUCUUCUUCCGCACGGGGCAAACUCUGGGGCGGCCGCACCGAGACCCUCGAGACGCUGGCGCUGGGCCGGUACGGGUGGAAGAGUCGCUACGCGGCAGCCGGCGGGUCGGCAGAUCUGCCGAGGAAUCGCAUCCAUGUGCGCCAGAGGGUGGUUGUUACCUAGGGUUUUCAUGUGGAGUUCGGGUUGCGACCUCUCUUUCGUUGACGAUUUCCUUUUUCCCUUCCCUAUCUGAACACUCUUUACUCUUGACCCUUCUUUUGUUUCUUGUAUGUACUUUACUUAUACCCCGGUGAUUUUAUAUGGGUUUUGAUACUGGUAUGGGUGGAUAACGUGUCAUACAUACAUAUGUACAUACGUACAUACAUAGUAUUUCUUUUUUUCCUUUUUUUUUUCAUGUCGGACAGUACGAACUUAGCUCAGAAAAGAGCAUCAGAGAUCUAAUUACAAUUCUCGUUCCUCGAC